GACUAUGUAAAGCAUGUGUAGAUGUGUGCGCCUUCAUUUUUAAUGGUUAACAUUUGUGCUUAUAAUGGCAAGUGGAUGUCAUUGACAAAUUAAUAAAACUUUGCUAAAGUUCGCUGUAGAAAUAGAGAAACAACAAGGACUUUCAGGGAACAUUUAUCAAACGUUUGUUCCAGCACGCAGGUAUGACGCGCUGUCAGAGUUUGUUUGUUGGCUUCUGUUUGUAUUUGAGUCACAUCAGUGGAUCACAGAACACAUAUAGACCUGUCGCAAUACCAGACCAGGCUUAUUUUGCUGAACCAUUUGAUGUUAGCACACUGGACAGAAACUGGGUUUUGUCCAAGGCAGUGAAAGAUGAGCAGCUGAAAAUUCUUAAAUAUGAUGGGAAGUGGGCUGUAGAGGAGCCUAUUAAACCAGAGUUAUUGGGAAACAAGGGCCUAGUCCUCAAGUCCCCGGGUAGACACCAUGCCAUUGCUGCAUACUUGAAAAAAGUGUAUCACUUCAAAGACAAAGUUCUAUGCUUGCAGUAUGAAGUUUUCUUCCAAAAGGGGGUUGAUUGUGGUGGAGCCUACAUUAAGUUGCUGUCUCAUUCUGAUGACCUUCGUUUGAGCCAGUUCAGCGACGCCACCCCAUACACAAUUAUGUUUGGUCCAGACAAGUGUGGCAGUACACACAAGGUACAUUUCAUUUAUCGUCUUUGGAAUCCCAUCACUGGGACAUAUGAGGAAAAACAUGCUCGGCAACCAGAAAUGGAUCUUAGUGACUAUUUCGUAGACCACCAUUCACAUCUCUACACUUUAAACUUGUACCCUGACAACACAUUCAAAAUCCUCAUAGACCAGACACUUAUUAAUAAUGGCAGUCUUUUGGAAGAUGUGGACCCCACAGCGGUGUCUGAAAAAGAAAAUGCUGAAGAGACAGCUGCUGCCUUGGUAGAUAGGUCUCAUAGAUCUGUUCCAAGAUUUGUGGAGCAACAUGAUAGAUCAAAUUAUGUUGACGGAGAGUGCAGUGCUUUUACUGAAGCUUCAGACUGUGAGUUCUUGACCCUUAAUCCUGCUUCUAACAAGCCAAAGAAAGAGCCCAGCAGCAGCCCUGAUGAUAAAGGAAACAAAGGAGAACACUUUGAGGAUGCUCAGCUACUCAGAAUGAGCCCUGUCACUGCUGUAGGCUUUGAGUUGUGGUCCCUCACUGGAGAUGUGAUGUUUGACAACAUUUUGCUAUGUGACAAUUUGGAAGUUGCCAGCCACUGGACAGAAGACACAUGGGGUCAGAGGCAGACACUAGGAAUGUUGGAAAAGCUGUUGGUGGCAGCAGUCAAACGGCCAUGGCUCUGGGGUGUCUAUGUCUUCACUGUGGGCCUUCCUAUGAUCCUCUUUGUUAGUUUCAUGUGGCCCGAUAAGCGAUUUGGUCCACCGGAUCAGGAUUAUUACUAUAAAAAAACAGAUGAGCUGCAGACAGAUGGAGCUCAGGACAUGGAGCAACCCAUUGAUCAUUACAACCGUGCAAGCCAGACAAGAAUCGAGGCAAAAGAAAGAGCAAUCAAGAGGAUUCAGAAAAAGUUAGACUUGGAGUUAAAGAUCCAUUAACAGGGUUGGAAGAAAACUAGUCUUAAGUUCUCAAAGUGAGAGUAUGAGAUGCUGAGAGAGAGACAUGCAUCAUCAACCUGAACACUUCUCAAUGUGUAAAAUGAUGACGUUCAUUUAUGAGCGGUUCGCUAAAAUUACCUUAACUUUUAUUUUACAAACUGGUAAAUGUAAAGCACUGGAACUUAAAAUAAUUAGUCAUAUUUUAAUGUGAAAUUGUACCGAAUGUAACAUUUUUUGUAGGGCUGUCAAUCGAUUAAAUGUAUUAAUCAGAUUAAUGCAUGAGUUGCAGAUAAAUUUAUGGAAUUUAUCACAUAUCAAUAUUUGAUGAGAAAGGCCACCAAAUAAAGAAUUCAAUAUAUAAUAAGAAAAUUAAUUAGAUAUAAAGUAUAUAAUUAUAAAAUUCAUAUAACUCAAAUUACCUGACACAACAUAAUUGUGGUAGACAAGUAAAGCAUUGUUUAGACACAGGCAUGUGAUAAUGUACCGAGCAAAGACUGUGGGACAGCAAACAAUAAUUCUUAAUAAACACAUGGCUAUUGUUGAUCAUCAGAAAACCACCCAAACAGAGUUUGACGUGCUUCGCAUCUUGAAUGGUAAUGAUAAACAUCUCAUAUUGAUGCGCUGCUCAGUAUUUUCUCUUGCACACAGCCGCUAGUGGGUGUCACAAGCUCAUGAAAUGCUGACUGAAGCUGUCAGUGCAGAUAAUGUUUUAAACGCAGAAUUAAUAAUCAUGCAAGACCAUACUGUGAUUUCAGUCUUAAUUUAAUCCAUAAUUCUGUAUUGACGGAUAUCAUACCAAUGUUUCAUAAGUCAACAUCUCCAGGUUUUAAAGGGCUUUGGAUGGGAUGCACUGAUACCGCGCUCAUGUACUUGUACUUGUAAAAAUGCUCAGAUACCAAAAACCGAUACCAUCUGAUGUACAAAUGUCAUUACGUAAACAUUCAGCGCACAGAUUAAAAUCACGUCAUGUCUUAGUGAGAUUAUUUAACAGCAAACGCGGCGAUUUAAUGAGAUAAAUAGAUCGUUUGCACGUGCAGCAUUUUAAACGUGAGUGCUUGUGAAUGUGUGCAGCCGAUGUUGUGUUGUGAGACACAAACUGCUCAUACCUUUAGUGAUCAUUGGCUCAUAUACGGAAAACACUAUUAUGAGCAUCACCUACUCUGUUUGUUGCAGAUGACAGCAGGAAUUCGAAUUCACUUUUUAGCACGAGUCAUAUACAGAGUACACAUUUAUUUAUUUAUAUAGUAGCCUUUUGCUGUAUAAUAAUUACUGUGAUUCACGUAGCCACCUGCUUUUCUGGAUUGGGAACCUGCCGUCAAAAUAAAAGCUCCACCAAAAUAAAAGCGUAAUUUAAAUGAAAAAGGUAUGACAGAAAUAGAUCACUACUGUAUAGUUAUGUAAUAUUCACUGUUAUACUACUACUAAUAAUACUACUAAUAAUAAAUCAAUAGUAACUGUGUUAUAUUUAAGCAAUAUCUCACAUCUGUGAUGCUCUGUUAUACAGCACUUUAUUUGACAAAACUCCAAUGUUGUAGUUAGGAUUGUGCUGUGAGGUUCUGUAUAAAAUCACUUCAUUUGAUAAAAAUAAUGCAAUAUCAUGUUGAAAAUUAAUUGUUAUAAUUUGAUUAAAGUUUUAAUUAGUUUAAACACAAUUUUGAUUAUAAAAUUGAAAUAAACUGCUGAUAUUGAGUUCAGAUAAAAAAACAGGUAUCGGACUCUGUAUCGGUGAGUACUAAAACAAAAAGUAUUGGUACUCGUACUUGUUCACAAAAAAAUGGUAUCGGAACAUCCCUAGUUUCCCCUCAACAUGUAGCCUACUGUAAGCAAUAAUUCACAGCCCAUUGUGGCAGAUACUGAUACCAAUAACCAAUAUUUAAAAAAAAAAAAAAAAGGUUUAAUCCUUUAACCUGGAACUGCUAGAUAAUUCAUUAAAAUAGUCUCAUUUGAACAAAUGUGUCAUUUAAAAGCUUGGAAUUUUGACGUGCUGCUAUUUAAGAUUUGGCAGAUGUAACAUGAACUAGAAAUAUGCAUAUAUUACAGAUGUAUACUGAUUUGAAUGACAAAUAAAUGAUAAUUUGCAUAAA